AUGGCACCGCCUGGUCAUCAAAAGCGCGUUAAAGGUGUUCAAAUAUACCGACCGUUUGUCUAUGGCACGACAUCAAAGGCAUUUAGUGCGGAAAAUCCCAAGCCAGCAGGAACACCAGCUGAGCACACUCACUCGUGGACAGUAUUUGUAAAGGGAGUUGAUGAUGCAGAUAUAACUUACUGGUGCAAGAAAGUACAGUUUAAGUUGCAUGACUCUAUCCCAAACCAUCUUCGAACCAUCGAGGAUGUACCAACUGGGGGUGCAUUUGAGACUCAUGCGACGGGCUGGGGUGAAUUUGAUAUCAGUAUCAAAAUCUACUAUGUACCGGAAUCCAACGAGAAACCCCAGUCCCUAUACCACCACCUCGUUCUUCAUCCAUACGGGGAAAGCGAGGAGGAGCGAGAAAAAAUGCGCAAGCUGCCAGAGAUUAGGGCAUGGGUUUAUGAAGAGCAACUUUUCAACGAGCCGUACGAGAAUUUCUAUAAUCUCUUGACCACGCCGGCCGAAAAGGGCAAAAGCGCCACCAAGGGCACGAAAUCAGCCAAAGGCGACCCGUCAAACGGUGCUAUCAGCGAGCGCAAUGCCUCGAUUCCUCUCCAAUCUAGACCCGAUCAACCGUUUAGCCAAGAAUCUGAACGGUUAGAACUCCGACGACUGGAAGAUGCGCAACAAAGAGUGAGUCAGAUGUCCGAAGCACUAAACAAGGAAAUCAAAAGCAAAGAGGCCGAACUUGAGGCACUUCGCGCACCUAUUCCCGUCAAUCCUGCAAGCUAG